AUGUUUUCCAAAUCAAAGAUGAGCAAUUCCCAAUAUACGCCUCUCUCGCGACCAGGCGGUGGCGAGGGUUCCAGCCCUAGCACAUCUCUGGAGAAGCGCUCCUCCUCCGAGGAUGAUGACGAUCACCCCUUGCUGGAAUGUUCGGAGAACCUCCCCGGUCUCCAAGCAUCCAAACAGUGGCAGCUUCCCAAGCUCAUCCUCUUCUUUUCCUUCGCUCUCGCGCUGCUAUCAUGUGCGAACAUCGCACUAUUCCCCGCGACACUGUCAAACUACGCAGCUUACCCCUAUACCGACGCUGAGCUCAAUGCCCUACCCUACGGCGACGCCAGGUUGGGGCUGGACAGAGCAGCAAAGAUUCUUCGCCCGCCGAGAGAGUAUCUCCGCGCCUGGCCAGACAAGGUUGUGCGAGUGAGCCGCAAGUUGAAGAACUCGGUGUGGGGAAAUGGGCCGCAGGUCUAUGUGACAGUCGAGGACUCAACAAUUAUGCGUUUCCCGGUUCCUACCGCCGGCAUCAACGCCUGCGCAAUUUCCUGGCACGCGCCUCCGGAGAACUCCACGCGCAUCAAGGACCUGACCACUAAGGGUGACGUUUCCGAAAUUGAAGUAUGGCAGCUCAUCGCGCCCUCGGCCACUUCGCAGCCCGGCUCUUCCACGGACAUGGGCGAGCUCGACUACGACACGGUGUCGUACUCCGCUCUCCCUGUGCGUGGCGAGCUGCUCGGCGUGCUGGACCUCACUGUUGGUAUUCCUAUCACAGGGAUGGUUCGAACCGUGGGUGAUAAAGAGGUCAAAAUCUAUAUAUAUUUAACUUCUGCGUAA